AUGGAUCAUAUUGGCUUCACCUGUAGUCGUCCUGGAUGGUUUAGACUCCACCACCUCAGCAAGCAUUACCUUUGUGGUCGACCAAGCGCCAAAACAAUUACAAGCUCCCGAGAUAGCCAACCACGGAAGGCUGAGUACGCGCACAGGGGGCGGGGCGAGCACGCACGCAGGGGCGGGACUAAGCUCGGAGGCCCCGCCCCUCCGCUCCAGGAAAGGGCGGCCCUUCACCCCUUCUGCUCCCCUCCCCCACUCUCUGCGCUUGCGCACAGGGGACAACCGUUGCCAGGUGCCUGGGGCCCUGAGGUGGGGUCGGAGACAUCGCUGACACCCUUUUUUGGCCCUAAGGUACCCGGCUCGGUGGGCCCACAGACGUUCCAGUCGAAUGGCGAAGUGCUUCGGACGAUGCCCAUGAAGUCCUUAGCCCUUCUAGUUGUGCUGUUGCUAUGGCCUUCGUCCUCGCAGGCAUAUUCUAGUGUAACUGUGAUUCCUGAUGAAGAAAAAAGCUUGAAUCAUUAUGUACAAGUUUUACAGAAUGUAUUACGAAAUGUUCCCACUAAGGAGGACCCAAGCACUCAGAUUAAAAAAAUGACUCCAACUAAUGUUUAUUCUACGGGAUUGAAGGUAUCAAAGAUUAAGGAGAUAAUCACAAAUGGAGAAACUUUAAGUGACGACAAAACUUUAAGCAGUCCCGUCAGUGAAGAAAAGACACCUUUCCCUUCUAGAGUCUUAACAUCGCAAAAACGGAGGAAAAAACGUACUAAAACUACAGCAUUCUGGUCUAUUAAGCCAAACAAUAUUUCUGUUGUUCUACGCACAAAAGAACCUUAUAUUAUAAAAGAUGAAGAGGAAGAAGAGCCAGAAGUAUAUACAAGACGAACUCCUUCAUCAAAGCCAUUUUUACAUGUGACAUCAAAGCCAUUUCCACAUAUUACAUUCACUUCACAUGUAUCUACUACCAUUUCAACUGAGAACAGUGACUGGAGCACAUCCACAGAAUCUGAAGAUGUUCCUCAGCUCACAGGUCAGUUUGACACAGAGAAAACAUCAAUAUUUCAAAGACCCCCACAGACUUUGAAUAAUGAGAACGUUUUGAAAAAAAUUUCAGAGAUUAAUGCACAAAUACAACAAGCACAUCUCAGUGGUCAUAUAAGCCAAGAAUUUCGAGAGGACAUUCAGGCCUCUAUAGAUCACUUAAAACGAAGUAUUGCUCUAGCAGCAGCAGCAGAACAUAAACUAACUAAAAUGUAUGAAUCUGAGAGCUUACCAUUUGGACGAACUGGUUCUGAAAUUGCUGACGUUAAAACUAUUAUUAACAUGCUAUAUAAUUCUAGAUCUAAAUUAUCUGAAUAUUUUGAUAUUAAAUAUGUGCCAUCAGAAAUGAGAGAAAAAGCUAUUACAGUAUUCAAUAUGUUGAAAAAAAGAUUAUGUUUAAGGCAAAAAAAAGCUCAAAGGCUUAUUAAGAAGUUAUUAAGGAAUAACAUGAAAAUUUUAAGCAUACUUCAUACUUCAUGA